GAGAUGCAUGACCUCUCCGACGGCACCUUGGCCGCAGUCCGCUUCGAGGACCGACGCACUAGGCCAGCCGGCCUGCGUGCGGCCAGCUUGCGCCGGUUCAGGCGGUCGCUGACGGCGGCCGAGGAUAUUUGUCAUCAAGACCGAGUAGGAGGCCUACGCACGGGCCUGCACCUGGCUCCGGAGCGCGCGAGAGGCCACCCGGGCGCCGCGUCGCGGGCGGGGGUGACGGUGCACUUCUCCUUCGACGGCCCCAUGGCCAGGGCCUGCCUUGCGGCUGUCGCGACUGCCCUCGUGGUUGCGGCCUUUGCAGUGGUGUGCCCCGCCGCCGCACCGCUCGCGGGCGCAGCGGCUCCUGUGGCAGCCCUCGCUGCGGCGACCGUGCCUGGGCCCGCUGGACAGUGGGUCCACGUCGAAACGGCCACCGCCGCGGCGCGCGGCGACCCGAUCGCGAUAGAUGGCUCCGAGCUUUUGCGGGGGGGUAUCGGCCUGAGACAGUGCGUGCAGUUCCACGAGAGCGUGAACCGCCUCGCGAGAAGGUCAGGCUGCGGCAGCCAGCUGCGCGAGCACAUGGACGCCAUGGAGUACGAGACCCGCGACGCGGGCUCUGGCCCCUCCGCCCCAGCCGACGCUGAUCCCAAGGCGAAGGCCAAGGGCGGGGAUAAGGCUUGGAGCGGCGGCCUCUUGAAGUUCGGGUUCGUUGACGAGGCGGAGGUAUUUGCGGACGCGGCCCGCGAGGGCG